ACCCCCAAAGCAACACAAAUCCACAGCCAGCCACCACCGAUCACCCCUCCACUCACAGUUCUCGGUAUUUCAUCAGGCGACAAGCGACGAAAGCCAUUUAACAUCUCUCGACUAUCGCUCUCCAGUGCUCCGCCCCUCGCUUUGGAUGAGCGAAACAAUCGCAAGGCCUCGUUGCCAACUCAAGUGGCCCAGAAAGCGCUAGUCCAGGGUCGGGUUGCCGAAGCCGCCUGGUUCCUGACGGGUCAGAUGAAAUUACAAAUGCGGGUAAGUUGGGCCUCCAAUCGAUAA